AUGGACUUAUCAAUAAAAGAAGUAGCAGAAGACAAGCUAGUGAGAACAUAUAGGAGAAAGAUGCUAGUAGAGGAAAAAAUAGAAGAGCAACCCUGGUUCAAUGAAGAACUACAGAAAAAGGGAAUGAUGGACAAAGCACAGAAGUUAGCCAACCUAACCUAUUCCGUGAUAGAAAAAAGCUGUAACAAAGUUCUUCUAGGUAAAACAUUCUGGAAAAAUAUAGCUCUACCAUCAGUCUUAUAUGGAACCAAUGUAGUUAAUUUAACAGAUACAGAAAUAGAAAAAUUGCAAAGAAUAGAGAAUGGGGUUUAUAGAAAAAUAUUAGGAGCAUGUAGAAGUACAGUAGUAGCCAUAUUAAGGGGGGAGAUAGGAGCAUCUUCUAUGAAAAGCAGAAUUAUGAGUGGAAAGCUAAGUCAUGUAAAUAAUACUAUAAAUGGACGGAAAGAAUUACUGAAGAAAAUAAUUAUAGAUAUGCAAGAAAAGGAAAGAAAAUGGUGGAAAACAAAUGGGAACACCUGUUGUCCUUUUUGUCAUAAUAUAGAAGAAGACAUAUUUCAUUUCCUUUUGUAUUGUUGUACGUACAGAGAAGAACGCGUUAAAGCAAUUGGACUUCAACAACCUUAUGAAGAGAAUGAAAGUUAUAUAAUUGGAAAAUUUUUAUUUACAGAUCAUAAUGAAAUAAGAAAAGAAUCCUUAUACAUGAUGUGGAAAAAAAGAAUGAAAGAGCUCAACAAUUUAAAAAAAACUCAAGAUUAA